GGUAAAGCACUCGCUGUAGACUGGAGAUCAGCAAGGACGUCCUGCCUCCGUGACGCCUGUCACUUUAAUUCCCUCUUUCAUACUUGGCCGCCUUCACUUUUACCAGUAACCCCGAGGGAAACUUUUUUUUUUUUUUUUUCCCCAUCCGAAGACUAUGGCUGAGGAUAAAACAUUCCGCUAUGGGAUCAUUGUCCUGGGAUUUUUCUUGAUUAUGAUUGGCAUGUUCAUUAUGAGUGUGGAUAAACCCCAGAUAUACAUCACAUUCUGCUGUAUAGGGGUGUUACUAGUGUUUAUAGGGAUCACCUGGAGCAUCUGUCAGUGCUACCCCAAGAUCACAUUUGUCCCUGUGGAUAUGGAAACUGUCCCAUUCUCAGAGAAGUCUCCUGCGUUUUCUAAUACUGAAAUCCCUCAGAAGCAGUGGUCAACCACAUGUUACACAAGCAGUAAAGAUGCUGAGAGAUACGAAGCCACUCUACCAUCCUAUGAACAGAUUGAGAUCAAAGUGGAGGAGCUCGGAGAAGACAACUUAGUCCAAUCGGUUCCUCCUUUACUGCAGUCAGUGAUGAGGGAUUCACAGGCCAAAGUUCAAGCCAAGGUAGAGAUACAUAGGAAUACAGUCUGCAAGGAGGAGCAUGCGAUCUCCGAAGCCAACUGCCAGUCUGCACCCCUUGCCUCUCUUAAAGAAGACACCAACCUGACAGCCUCUGAAGAUGGUAGAAGCAGUACUUCAUCUCUUCCCAGCAGUGACGACUGGCAGAUGGGCAAGACAACGGCUCAGUUACAAAGUCCCAUCUUUGGAGAAGGAAUCGAUCUAAUAGAUGUUCCUGUAUCUGAGGGAACCAAAGUCACAUUGUCCUAUGAGACGGUCCACCCAGAGCUAAAACAUGAAAGCUAUCAACGUCCCCACCAGGGUGAUAAUUAUGGUGGGAAGGAUGAACCUGGCAAUGCCUCAUUCACUCCAGGUCCUAGCCAAGACUCUGAGACUGAUGAUCUGUAUUAUGGAAUGAAGGAUGAGACAGAGAAUUUAAUGCCAGGGGAUGAAUCAGAUUUUGAACAUUGAUCACCAAGUGGCGAUCUCAGUGGUCACCUAGAUAAUUUCAUUUUCUAAAGAUAUGCUCCCAACACAAUAUAUGGCAGUAUUUAUGGAGCAGAAAUAUUUAUUGGAUCCA